AUGGAGAACCAUCAGCACAUAGACUUCGACGGCACCCUCUACGGUGUCGAGGGAGGGUUCGACCCGUCCUUCGACCCCAACCGCCAGACCUACACGCAGUACCAGACCUGGCCGCUGCCCAUAUCGCCGGGCGCAAUGCCGCAACACCAGCAACACCAGCACCAUGACCCGAGCCAGCAACACCAGCGCCAGCAGCGCCGUAUCCAGUCGGUGGCCGCGACGAGUGCCCAGCAAAACACCAUGCCCGCCGCAACGAGCGCUAUUGCUCCCCUCCAGACUGCCGGCCUCGCCUUCCCGGCUGCCAUGCAACCCAUGAACCCAAUGCUGGCGACCUGGAUGAAUAUCAACACAGACGGCUUCGCCCAGGACCCCUACAUGACACCAGGCGGAAUGGGCAUGACCACUAGCUUCGACUCAACGUUCGGCGGCCAGCUGCAAACCUCGCCCGUUGACUUCGCUAUCAACCCAGCCCACAUGAUGUCGUCCAUGGCGAUUCCCUUCAACAUGAUGACGACCACCACCAUGGACAUGCCGCCUAUGAAUGCGCCCUUCAGCAUGGGCGACUUUACCCAGGAGUUCCACAACAUCAACCCGCAAGAGUUCUCUCACUCGAAUGUGAGCAUCGGCAGCGGGUCACCAGGCGAGCAGUGGAUGGAAGUUCGCUCACUUCCAAGCAGCGACGCCAGCUGGGUCGAUGUUGGCGCGCACAACCACCGCCAUUCCUACGACUUCUCCGACUCCUCAGCCAUCGUCUUCAACCCCGCGCAGUCACUCCACAUUCGUACCUCCUCGGACUCCACAAAUUCGAACCAGUCAGACGUACCCUGCUCCGCCGACUCUCUAGACAGCUUCGAGGAGAUCAACUUCCCUAUAAAUUCGCCAGGAUCAGAGAACAACUUGUCGUUAGUGCAUUCGCAUGCACAUUCUGACGACUACAAUCACGGCCACGGACUGCCGCUCGACCACGGCUACGACAACUACAUCUCGCCAAACCAGUCUGUCAGUCCACCCAUGACACGCAUUGAGCCCGUCGUCAUCAAGCAGUCUGCGAGCAGUUCAGCCUCCCCAACCUCCUCGGCCGUGAGCUCUCCACCAGCUGUUCGCCGAAGGAAGUCUCCUGCUGGCCCCAUCAACGCUGGCGCAAAACCCACAAAGACCAUCGUCAAGAAGACACCCGCUCACACUACAAAGAAGGACACCACUGGCGAGAAGCGCGUUGGCCGAAGACGCGGCCCUCUCAGGCCAGAUCAGCGUCAACAAGCUCACGAGAUCCGCAAGCUUCGCGCUUGUCUGAGGUGCAAGUUCCUUAAGAAGACCUGUGAUACGGGCGAUCCGUGCGCUGGUUGCCAGCCAUCCCACGCACGUCUUUGGCAAGUACCGUGCACGCGCAUUGACAUCAAGGACAUCGCUUUCUUCAUGAAGGACUGGAAGGCUGACUACGAACGUCACGUCAGCCUUGGCUUUUCCAUUGGUAAUAUCAAGGGCUUCUCGCCCCACGAACGCCCCAUCUACGUCACCCACGGCUAUGGGCACUACCUGCCCAUCAUGGCCCGUGAGGUCUACGUUCGUGACGAAAAGUGCUUUGGUGUUGACUGGCACGAGACUCUUAGCGGCUCGCACUUCGAGAUCAACACUGCUAAACUCUCUGCUGGCAUGGAGGGUGUCUCGCGCGCUAUGCUCAGCGACUACCUCGACCGUCACAUUGAUGGUGGCUUCGAGAACUUCGUCGAUGAGUACUUCGAGGGCACAUACUUCGUCACUGAACUCUUGAAGACUGCCUACCGCUACUACACCCGUGAAAAGUUGCCUGUCAUUCGCAAGGCUCUCAAGCUCGUCAUCGCCUACAACCUGACUCUUCACGUCACCAUGGUCGAGGGUCUCGGCGAUGAGGAGGCUCCUGGUAAGGUUGAGGACCAGUCAUCUAAGUUCUGCGGUACCACCAUCGCACCUGUCAUGAUCAACUUCCAGGUCAAGUGUGCCCUUGCCGACAUGUGGCGUGAGCUGCAGAAGGACGUUCUUGAGGAGCUCUCUUCGCUGUACCAGUCCGUCUACAGUGGUGACAAGCUCAAGAACUGGCCCACCAUCUUCAUGCUGGCCGCUAUCCUCCUCGCGGUCUGGGAGUUGAUUCAAUUCGACUGCAGCUACCGUGUCCCUGAUCAGGCUGCUGUCAACAAGUUCUGCUCCGACAUGGAGGGCACACCCGUUGGUGUCAUUGUUGGCUUGUUCUCAGCCAUCUCCCAGAAGCUCCCCUCGUUCUCGGAGUGGGACACCAGGAAACACCACCACCUGCUCAACAGCAAUCCGGCGGUGUGCGAUGCCAUGACUGAUGUUCGUGCACACGUCACCAAAUAUGACUCGUACCUGCGCUCAAGAUCUGACUGCAAAUUCGACCGCGAGGACUUCGACUCUCUGUCAAACAAGUUCUUGUCGAAGCUUGUCAUUCGCGCGAACUGA